CAACAACUUAUUGGGUACUGCUGGGAGCUCACAGCUGAACGGUCCGGUCCCAUGGCUGGCAGGCAGCCAUCAGAGUCGAGACUGGGCAGAGUCGAGAGUGGCAGGACUGGUCUUUGCAGGUCUGCAUGACAAGCAGCGUGGGAUACCGGCUGCCUGGGACACGCGGCUAGCCGGGGUGGAUUGGCUUCAAUACGGGGUACGCCCUCAGGCCUGGGCUGCCUCUCCACCCGCCACUCCACUAGCAAUCUUGAACACGCCCCGAAGCACACCCCGUCUGCCCGUCUGCCCGCCGGGCAGGCUGCAAAAGUCGAGGCAAGCAGGCAUGGCGUCACCGUGUGUCAGUGCCCCAGGUGUCCCAGGUGCCCAGUUCCCUGCCAGCCACCUUCCUGCUGCAGGCAACGCAUCAUCGGCCGGCGCCCCCAGCUGCCUCCGAGCCUGUCAGUCUCGCCGUCUCCAACAAGUCCAGACCUGCAACGUCUGAACUGGUCCAGAUCCCUCGUCCAUUGCUCAGCCUCACUCGGACAAAACCGCUCGCCCGCCCGCCCACCUCCUUCACUGCUUGACUGCCUGCUGUGUCUCUGUGGCUUUGCUUGUUGUCCAGACUCAGGCUCUCGGCAGACACUUUACAACCGCUGCCCGCCGUCUUCUAGACCUCGUCAACUCACCAUCUUGCCAGCACCACUUUGCUACCGGCUGGCUCCCCUUUACUCUCAAUCUUGCUCCGUCCUUUAUCUACCCCGGACACUGGCUCCUCUUUCCCGCUGAACCUUGGGAACCCCAGCCCACAGACACAACGGCAAUGGCAACUCGAUUACAAACUCUGCUGGCUUUGGCCCUCCCAGUGGUCGUGGCCACUCGAAUUCCGACUCGCGACGUCACUACCACCACCACCACCACCACAAACCCCGGCUUCGUCUCCUUCCCCAUCAGACGGGGAUCAAGGACACUUGCAGCCCGCGACGCCACGGCUUCCCUCAUCAACGAGCAGGAUACCAGCUACCUGAUCGAGCUCACCUUUGGUUCCAAUGCCCAGUCAGUCAACGUUGCCAUCGACACGGGGUCCGACGAGUUGUUUGUGGACCCCAACUGCAACGACCGCUCCUUCGCCCAAUCCCAACAGCAAGACUGCACCGAGAAUGGCAUGUACAACCCCAGGACAUCCACAACAUCCAAUGUCACCCAGGAGACCUCCCAGAUCACCUACGGCUCCGGCGCCGUCGACAUCCAGUAUGUCGUCGACAGCAUUGGAAUACCCGGCGCGGGUACGAAGAUGACGGAUGUGCAGUUUGGCGUCGCCACCGAGUCCCAAGGGCUCAGUGAGGGAAUCCUGGGCCUGGGCUUUGGCAACGGCGUCAACCUGAACUACCCCAACUUUGUCGACCAGCUGGCCGCACAGGGCGUGACAAACACAAAGGCGUUUUCCGUGGCGCUGGGCACGAGCGACACCGCGGGCGGGAACAUCGUCUUUGGGGGCGUGGACACCAAGAAGUUCUCGGGGUCGCUCGCCACAAGCACCAUCCAGAGCCCGGCCAACGGUGACAUCCAGCGGUACUCGACCCAGAUGAACAGCCUGACCUUCAAGAGCGGGAGUACAUCCAACAAGUACUCCAAGAGCGACCUGAGCGUCGUGCUCGACACGGGCUCCAGCCUGUGCCUGCUCCCGACCGAGGUCGUGCGCAGCAUGGCGCAAGACUUCAACGCCCAGCAGGACACGUCGUCGGGCCUGCUCAUCGUGGACUGCGGCCUCCAAGACACGGACGGGUCGCUGGACUUUGAGUUCGACGGCGUCACUGUCAGCGUGCCCUUUAGCCAAUUCAUCGUGAGCGCCGGUGCCAACCAGUGCAUCCUCGGCGUGCAGGCAGUCGAGUCCGACCAGGGAAUCACUGCGCUCCUGGGUGACACCUUUCUCCGCUCUGCGUACGUUGUCUUUGACCAAGCCAACAUGAAGAUCUCCAUGGCGCAGUAUGUCGAGUGCGGCACCAACGAGCAGGCCAUUCCCUCCGGCAGCGAUGGCGCAUCCGGCUUCAAGGGCGAGUGCAGCGGGUCAACGUCGAGCUCGUCCAAGAGCGCCGGCGAGCCCAACAGGCCAGCGGCCGCCACUUCUGUUGUUGGGUUUGUGGCCGGUGUGGCCGCACUGGUGUCUCUUUUCUAGAUUUUGAGCGUUUCCAUGGCCACUAAUACCUCUUGUGUUGCUUGGUUGUUCUGGGCUAUCAUUUUGGGCAUUUCUCAUAAGAAUACGAGCUGGCGCACUGUCGAGAUUAAUAUUUUGCAUACUGAGAAACGGGCUCUACUGGUACACAGCAUAGAACUAAGUGAUAUCCCGCUGAUUCCUGGCGUUUUGUGAGCGUGUUAAGCGUCUGCCAAGUGGUGAGUGAACGGAGAUCGCACAAUAACCAAAUUGACCUGUCACGACAUUCUCUCAUAUACAGUCCACCUCGACAACGCCAGCCUCAGUACGACAUGGCACGAUGUAGCACGUAUCAGGACCAGCAUUCAAAGAGUCCAACCAGGGCGAGUUCUCUCGAAAUAAGGUAUCAUUC